AGUAGUGAAGGUGUGGCCCGAGGUCAGCCCCGCCUCAUCCUCUCCCGGCGGAAGUUUCGGGGAAGCUACCGGAAGUCUUCGUGAGUGGGGCGGGGCCUGUGCAGCGGCACGGUGGGAUCGGUAUGGCUACCGAGGGCGAUGUGGAACUGGAGUUGGAGACGGAGACCAGCGGCCCGGAGCGGCCUCCCGAGAAGCCACGGAAGCAUGACAGCGGUGCAGCGGACCUGGAGAGAGUCACCGACUAUGCGGAGGAGAAGGAGAUCCAGAGUUCCAAUCUGGAGACGGCCAUGUCCGUGAUUGGAGAUAGACGGUCCCGGGAGCAGAAAGCCAAACAGGAGCGGGAGAAGGAACUGGCCAAAGUCACCAUUAAGAAGGAAGAUCUGGAGCUCAUAAUGACAGAGAUGGAGAUCUCAAGAGCAGCUGCAGAACGGAGCUUAAGGGAACACAUGGGCAACGUGGUAGAGGCUCUUAUUGCCCUGACCAACUGAUUUGUGCUUUUUCAGACCCACUCAUUGGAUUAUUUUAUUUCAAUAAAGAUGUAGCCUUUUUUUUCCUCUU